GUCGGGGGGGCCUUACUUGGACUGGAGGUGACAUUCAGUGGGUUAGCACCGGUUAGCACUUAGCAUCUUCAGACGGGUCAACAUGGCACAGGCGGUGCAAAAACUGGUCGCUAAAGUACCGACUUUGGUUGGGGCUGCUGUUACCUACUCCAAACCUCGGCUAGCCACCUUCUGGUACUAUGCCCGUGUGGAGCUUGUCCCCCCGUCCCCUGCAGAGAUCCCCAAGGCCAUCGCAGGGGCCGCAAACCUACUCAAGGGGCUCCAGUCAGGACGUCUGGGUCAAACCACAGUGAGGGAUGCUUUCAGAAACGGACUGGUGGCCACUGAAGUGUUGAUGUGGUUUUACAUCGGGGAGUGCAUCGGUAAACGAGGCCUCGUCGGCUAUGAUGUCUGAAUCUUGGACUGUCAUGCUUUUUCUCUUUUCAAGCGUUGUAUAUGCAUCUUCCUGCAAAAAUUCUGGGAACUAAUAAACAGAUAUCUAUUGUUCAA